CGCCUCAGGUUUUUGGCUUCUUCUUCCCGCCCGCAGCACUUUUCCCCUCCCCCGCUUCUUCCCUCCCCUCCUCUGUUACCACCCUCUUCCUCCCUGCUCUCAUCCCCGCUUAACUUCCCUCGCUGGCUCUCAGCUGCUCCUCCUUUCGCCCAGAGUUUAUACCUAAACUUUCCCCGAAAGCAGCUACCUCGCUCGGAGGCGGGAGGGGGAGCCCUCGCCACAGUGAGGGCAGGCUGACACCUAGUGGCUAGGAGCCGCAACUGCUGCAAGCUACCGGCUUGGAGAACGCGGGUCACCCCAGCAGUCCCGGCAAAUCGGCGGUCUUGCUUGCCCAGCCUCCGGGGAGCCGGGCCGAGGGCCGGGACUGUCUGAGGGAGGACUAUGACAGCCGCCCGGCCCCAGGAGUUUAAGAGCGGGCGGGAAGAGGUGGCGAUGGGUUACUCAGCAGUUUCCAAGGGCCCACCUCGCGGGCGCUGGAGGGACGGUGUAUGGCAGACUCCCGACAUGUUGGUGGAGAUUGAGACGGCCUGGUCACUUUCUGGCUACUUGCUCGUUUGCUUCUCUGCAGGGUAUUUCAUCCACGAUACGGUGGACAUCGUGGCUAGCGGACAGGCGCGAGCCUCUUGGGAAUACCUUGUUCAUCACAUCAUGGCCAUGGGUGCCUUCUUCUCCGGCAUCUUUUGGAGCAGCUUUGUCGGUGGGGGUGUCUUAACACUACUGGUGGAAGUCAGCAACAUCUUCCUCACCAUUCGCAUGAUGAUGAAAAUCAGUAAUGCCCAGGAUCAUCUCCUCUACCGGGUUAACAAGUAUGUGAACCUGGUCAUGUACUUUCUCUUCCGCCUGGCCCCACAGGCCUACCUCACCCAUUUCUUCUUGCGUUAUGUGAGCCAGAGGACCCUGGGCACCUUCCUGCUGGGUAUCCUGCUCAUGCUGGACGUGAUGAUCGUCAUCUACUUUUCCCGCCUCCUCCGCUCUGACUUCUGCCCUGAGCGUGUCCCCAGGAAGCAACACAAAGACAAGUUCUUGACUGAGUGAGAGGCACAGAGCCUGGGAUAACAAAAAUGGACAGGGCCAGAAACAGCUUCCCAUGGACACUGGGACUUAGUCCCAAGCCUGGGUGUCCUCUAGGGCCAGCCUCUCCACCUUCCAAGCCUGCGUCCACACUAUUGAAAACACUAAUGAAAGUACUCCUCUGAA